AUGAUAGUGAAUUCAGCAGAUGCAAGUGGCUAUCUCACAGUAAAUACCUAUAGUUUGGCAUCUGUUAACUACUCGGGCCAAGUUUAUAUGAUACUACCAGCUCUAGCGGUCAAAACAAGAUGUAACUUCAAUGUUAAAAAUUUCCCAUUUGAUAAACAGAUGUGUAGCAUAAAUCUAACAUCAUGGAGUCAAGGAAUCAAUCGAGUCUUAUAUACAGAAGACAAAAGCUUAGUGGUUGAUUCCAGUGAAUAUAGUGAACAUCCUUUGUGGGCAUUGAAUGGAACAGAUUUGGCUAUAAUUCGUACAGAAGACAGGUCACCUUUUGAAGAUACUUCCAAUGAUGUUCUAGCGAUACAACUGUAUCUAGAAAAAAAACCAUUAUAUUUUAUGAUGAGUGGCAUAUUUGCAGGUUUGGUUUUAAACUGUGUUACUCUUCUAGCCUAUACACUACCUUAUGGAUCACAAAUUGGUCUAUGUCAGAUAUUUUUUAACAUUAUAAGUAACUUUUAUAAUCUAUUUCCACAACAAUCUCAAUAUGUAGUGCUAAUCACAUUUUUCUUUUUACUUACAAUGUGUUUUACAUUAAUAUCGAUGAUAUGGUUUAUCAUAUGUAAUCAGUUUGCCUCGAAAUCUGAAAUCCCAGCACCGUUGUACAGCUUUUCUGGAAAAUUGCAAAAAUUGCUUUGGUGUUUUCCCGCACCAAAAGAAGAGAAGAAGCCGGAUAAAAUGGAGAAGGUUGUUGUUGAGAAUUUUGAUGUUAAAAAGCCAACAAUGUUCGAAAAUAUGAAAUGUGUGUCUUGCCAGAAACUAUUUAGUUCGUGUCUUCAUAGGCAAACUAGAGUUGAAAAUUUGGACGAAAAAGCGGACAUCAAAGUCGAUAAAGUUGAAUCUAAUACAAACCAACCAAUUGAAGUUACGGCAAUUGAAACAACAACAGAUGCGAAGGUUGAUGAGACAAACGAGACAACAAAACCAAAAUGUAACUUUUGCAACAGAUGCGAGACGUAUCAAGCUGAUUUUGAUUUUGAUAAAGCAAAAGGCAAUACCAAAAAAGACAUUGAAGCUAGAUGCAGUGCUUUAAACUAUUUCUUCUUCAGUUGUAUGUUAUUAUUCAUGUUUCUUUCCAAUAUGAAUUUAUGGCUCUACAUGUCAAGUUGA